UAAUUUACUCUGGAACUGCCCUGCUUUAGACUUUUUCAUGGUUAUUAAUUUGUACAAAGAAUCACAAACUGAUACAGCGGGAACCAAACUGGCAAAUCAGGCUGCCGAGACAAUUGUGUAAUUCGCUGGAAAAGGAAACGGAGAACCUCUCCUGCGUACGGGAGGACAAUGUAUAUAAAAAUAUGCAAGAAUCAAAGGAAACCCCCAUAUCCAGUCACCUAGAUGAAAUUGUUGCUGCUAUCAGCAUAACGCCUAGAAAGAAGAUCCAAAACAAGCUGCCUCAGACAGCGCUAUUCCAGCCUCCUCGAGAGAAACUCCACCUCUGUGAAGAGAAAGCGAAGUCCUACUCUAGCAGUCACGAAUAUAAACAGGCUGUCCAUGAGCUGGUGCGCUGCAUAGCGCUGACAAGAAUUUGCUAUGGCGACUCCCACUGGAAACUAGCGGAGGCACACAUUAAUCUGGCUCAGGGCUACCUCCAGCUGAAAGGACUGUCACUGCAAGCAAAGCAACAUGCAGAAAAAGCCAAAGAAAUCCUCACCAGCUCCAUUGUGCCUCCCUAUAACGACAAUACGGAUGUUUUCAGGUGUUCGAUCGAGCUGUUCCAUACCAUGGGGAGAGCCUUACUCUCCCUUCAAAAAUUUAAGGAAGCUUCAGAGAAUUUGUCAAAGGCAGAGCGACUUGCAAAGGAGCUGCUGCAGUGUGGACGGAUUAUAAAGGAGGACUGGAUAGAAAUUCAAGCACGGAUCAAAUUGUCAUCUGCACAGAUAUAUCAAAGUCAGAAGAAACCAAAAGAAGCUCUGCCCCACUACCAAGAGGCUUUAGAAUAUAUUGAGAUCAGUAGAGGUGAAAAAAGUCUUGAGUGUGUACCAAUAUUGAGGGAAUUAGCAGGUGUUGAGCAAGCCCUGGGACUUCAUGACGCAUCUAUCAACCAUUUUCUACAGGCGCAUCUCAUCGUGCUGAGCAGAAGCCCCUCCCAAGAGGAGGCAGCAGUCUCCGCACAUUUUGUCGCCCACGCUGCCAUCGCUUCUGGGAGGACCGAGCACCACGAUGUGGCCGAGCAGUAUUUUCAAGAGAGCAUGGCUAAUCUUAAGGAUGCUGAAGGGACGGGAAAAGCCAGAUUUCUUUCAAUUCAAGAUGAUUAUUGCCGUUUUCUACAAGUCACUGGACAAAAAGAGAGAGCAACCUCAAUCCUGAGAGAGUCCCUGGAAGCUAAAGUGGCCAUGUUUGGUGAUCUCAGUCCCGAGGUGGCGGAGACCUACCGGCUGUUGGGUGGGGCUGACCUGGCACAGGGGAACCACAGUGGGGCCCACAAGAAACUGAAGAAGUGUCUUCAGAUUCAGACCCUCUUGUACGGGCCACAGAACAAGAGGACUCUGGCCACCCAGCAGACGGUGGACGUCCUGUCCAAGACCCCAGAGGUGGCUGUGAAGUCUAGGCAGGCCCCGAAAGCCAAACCAGCCUUCUACACCGGCGUGGCCCCGCACACUGUGCUGGGGAAGGCGCGGGCCAACGUGGCGGACUGAGCCCCCCCUCCCCCGCACCCCCAGAGAGAGC